UGUAUGCAUUUGUUGGCGCUGGCGCGUCACGAAGCCUGAGGAAUCCUUGGAGGAAAGUCACCAAGUCUACACGGUGACCGCCCAUCGCUUCGCUUCCCGCUGGUCCUGGCGUAUACCGCACCGCACACAGCAUCGUCACAGGCACAGGCCGACCUGUUGACUUUGACUUCUGCUCAGCCGCCCGCCGCAGCACGCACACACUCACACUCAUACUCAUACGCAGUCUCAAGAUAGAUCGGGUAUCGAUACCGCCUCGACCUACCUACUCCACAGAACCCCUCCCUCGAGUCCCUGGCUCCACACGAGGAUAAAUACUGCCAUCCUCGCCACUGUGAAACAUUCUCGGCGCGUCAGCAGGUUGGCGCAGUGCCGACUCAGCCGAGCACUUCAACCUGAACAACUCCCACACACACUCUCUUCAACACCUGAGCGCACUUUCCGCCAGCCAUGUCGUACUAUCCAGGCCAAGGUUACCACAACCAGCAGGGCUAUCCGCCGCCUCAACAGCACGGCUUCAACGGAUAUCCCCCUCCUCAGCAGUAUGGCCCUCCAGCUCCCCAAUAUGGAUAUGGCACUCCUCCGCCCGCUCCACAGUAUGGCGCUGGAUACGGCGCACCGUCGCCUCAACCACCACAAUUCGGAAAUGGAUAUCAGCAAACCCCUCCUCCGCAAGGAUAUGGAGCUCCGCCGCCUCAGCAGUAUAACAGACCGCCGCCAGGACCACCACAAGGCAACUACGGCAGACCUCCACCUCCUCCGCAGCAGACACAGCAAUUCGGACACGGCGCGCCGAGCGGAUACACUUUCCAGUACUCGAAUUGCACAGGCAGGAGAAAAGCACUGCUCAUAGGCAUCAACUACUUCGGACAACGAGGACAGCUGCGAGGAUGCAUAAACGACGUCAAGAACAUGUCAACAUACUUGAACGAGUAUUUCGGGUACAAGCGAGAAGACAUGGUCACGCUCACAGAUGACCAGCAGAACCCCAUGAGCCAGCCUACCAAGGCAAACAUCCUGAGAGCGAUGCAUUGGCUGGUCAAGGAUGCCAGGCCCAACGAUUCACUCUUCUUCCACUACUCGGGGCACGGUGGUCAGACUAAGGAUCUGGACGGUGAUGAGGAAGAUGGAUAUGAUGAGGUCAUUUAUCCCGUGGAUUUCAGACAAGCUGGACACAUUGUGGACGACGAGAUGCAUCGUAUUAUGGUGCAAUCUCUCCAGCCCGGUGUGCGCCUGACGGCAAUCUUCGAUUCCUGCCAUUCGGGUUCAGCACUCGAUCUACCAUACAUCUACUCCACGCAAGGUGUGCUCAAAGAACCAAAUCUCGCCAAAGAGGCCGGUCAAGGCUUGCUUGGCAUUGUAUCGUCUUAUGCAAGAGGAGACAUUGGCGGCAUGGCUUCUACCGCGCUUGGAUUCUUUAAGAAAGCUACUAGUGGUAGCGAUACCUAUGAACGCAACCUGCGAACAAAGACAUCUCCGGCAGAUGUCAUCAUGUGGAGUGGAAGCAAGGACACCCAGACAUCGCAAGACGCCAAUAUCGAUGGCGAAGCUACUGGAGCGAUGUCUUGGGCCUUUAUCAACGCACUCAAGAAGAACCCUCAGCAGAGCUACGUCCAAUUGCUCAACAGCAUUCGCGACAACCUGGAGGGCAAGUAUUCUCAAAAGCCACAGCUGAGCUGUAGCCAUCCUCUUGACACCAAUCUUAUGUAUGUCAUGUAAUGUCGUUGUAAUACUAUAGAGCUUAUGACGCACGGCCUUUGGGGACAGCAUGGUAGACGGGGUGACACAGCACAUCCGGAGCCUUGUGCGAAAAAUUGAAGACAGAGAAAUUGUAUGUGUUUGUCACUGGGUAUUAGCGGCGAUCGGGAUGACUUCUGCUUUGCGGCACACUGUAUCAGGUAAACCUGGCAUCCUGCAUAGGAGCGGCGCGUUUUGUCGUUUGAGGUACGAGCCCGACAAUAUUAAUACCGUUACCCUG